AUCUUGAAUCUACCCAGCCCAGCAUCUUAAACCUAACACGCCAUAUCUAAACUCUUCUCCCUCCUUCGGCCGCCUCAUCGUGUGUUAAACCUUUGCUCUUCCGCUGAACAUCGUGCAUUUGUGUGGUAUCGUUCCAUUAUUCUGGCUGAGGUAAACCAAAGAAUCUCAAACCACGUCUACCAUCGUUUCGUGAUUUUGGUUUAUCCCCUGCAUCUUUGUCGUCUUAUUGUGAGUAUCUUGAACGUUUAGGGUUUAAGGUGGGAACUGAACUCAAGCGACAGCAGCGUCAGUCCAAAGCUAACUAGGGCGGAGGCUUUGAAGAAUUAGGGUGGCGCCUGUAAUCAGUUCAACACCACCAAUGGCAGAAAAAGAUGUGAACCCUAAAGCUUAUCCAUUGGCUGGGACAGAUCUCACCAUAACAAUACAUGACAUUGUAUCACAAGCUGCCAACUAUAAGCAGCUUAAAAAGGGUGCUAAUGAAGCUACUAAGACACUAAACAGGGGAAUUUCUGAGUUCAUUGUGAUGGCUGCUGAUACUGAACCACUCGAAAUUCUUCUCCACCUUCCACUUCUUGCUGAGGAUAAGAAUGUCCCCUAUGUCUUUGUUAAAUCCAAAGAAGCACUUGGCCGAGCUUGUGGUGUUACUCGACCAGUGAUUGCUUGUUCAGUUACAAGUAAUGAGGGAAGCCAGUUGAAAGCUCAAAUAACUGAACUUAAGAAUGCCAUUGAGAAGCUCCUCAUAUGAAUGCCUAGUCACUUCAGCAUGAUGGGCCUCAUGGAUUCUUAACAGAAUUAGCUUGAGGCUUUGACUGGACAAGUUUAUUCAACAUUACUCUUGUGUGUUUGUCUGUUUGUUUAAUUUACUCCAUGUUAAGAAAGAUUGAUAAUCACGUAGUUUCUUCCUGUCAUUCUGUAUUUGUUUUUAACGGUAUCGAUUUUAUUUGUAGUGUUUUUUCUUUUAUAAUGUUCUUCAUUUAUUUACCAAAAACAACCAUUGCCUUCCCUUUUUAUUGAUCUGCGAAAAAAAUUGUGAGAUUAAAUAUUGAUUUGGCGAAUUGCCUAAUUUUAUUGAUAUACUUCAACAGUUCAACA